AAGCCGGCCGCUAAAGACAAGUACGAUUACGACCUGUUCACUAUCGGCGGUGGCAGCGGCGGCGUCCGCGGGACGCGCUGGGCAGCGGCGCAGUAUGGGGCGAAGACCGCCCUGGCCGAGCUGCCCUUCCAGAUGGUGAGCUCGAAGUACACGGCUGGCGGCCUUGGGGGCACCUGUGUCAUCCGGGGCUGCGUGCCCAAGAAGCUCUUCAUCUACGGCUCCCACUUCCACGAGGACCUGCGGGACGGGGCGGGCUACGGCUGGUCCCUGCCGGAGGGCGCGGAGCCGCGCCUGGACUGGGACAGGCUGGUCGCCGCCAAGAACGCGGAGGUGACGCGCCUGAACGGCAUUUACUCGCGGCUGCUCAGCAGCGCUGGGGUGGACUUCUACGAGGGCUACGCCAGGGUCGUCGACCCCCACACUGUGGACGUCGACGGCAAGCGCUUCACCGCCAAGCACAUCUGCGUCGCCACUGGGGGUCGCGCUGUCAGAUUGUCCAUCCCCGGAUGCGAUCUGCCCGGGACCAUCACAAGCGAUGAGGCUUUGACUCUGACAAAAAGCCAGAGAAGCUCGUGGUCUUGGGGGGAGGUUACAUCGCAGUCGAGUUCGCAAGCUAUUUCCAUGGCUACGGUUCGGAGGUCCACUUGA